GAGCGCAUGAGCUUAUUCUAAAAAAAAUCAAUUUGAUUGAAUUUUAAAUUUAAAUAACAAAUAAGCAUUAGCACUGAGCAUGAGACAGUUCCAGAAAUGGCUAGUAGCCGCUGGUUUUAUAAUGCCAGUAAUUCUAAAACAAGUAAUCAGAGAUGGAUUGGACAAUCCUAGCCACUAGAUGAUGUAGCGUUGUCUUGCAAUUGCUAGCUAUAAACAGAUGGUGAGUGAAAAAGAGUAGUAACAUGGGUUGAAAAAUGAAACCUAACCCUCUAACUAAUUACUUCUACUGCAAGCAAUCAUUUUUAACCCAAAUUUUAUUUUUCUUAUAAGCAAAAGUGUGUGUUUUUAUUUUUAUUUAUUUUUGGAUGGAUAUUUGCGGAACUGCUUAAUAUUAAUCACCAGCAAAAUUACACAUUAUUCCCAAACUACCCUCUUCCAGUCCCAAUAGAAAUGCUUAUGCGAGCAAGGCGAGUACUGGUAUUGUAUAUAAGCGAAUGAACUUAGCUUCCAUGCAAGGAUUUCUUCUUUUUUAACUUUCAUCUUAGAGAGAGACUCUCUCUCUCUCUCUCUCUCUCUUUGGGCUAUUCUUGCUCUGUGGUCACAGUACCAGUUACUAUUCCAUUGCGAUGUCGCGCUUGCAUAUAUUUCAAGCACCCACAACAGUGACAGAGUAAUAGAACUUUGUAUAGGGUUCUUUUAGUAGAUCUUGUUUUUGCCUUCAAUACGACAAAACCCACAAGGUUUCUAAGGUUCAAAGCAACCAAGUGAAAUACAUAAAAUGGAGCAAGAUCACGAAAAGAAGCAUGUGUGCAAGUUGUGCAACAAGAGUUUCUUGAGUGGGAGAAUCUUGGGAGGCCACAUGAGGAUUCAUGUAGCUAGAGAUUCAGCUAAAGAAGAGGUUAAGCUUGAAAACAACAAUAUGGGUAUUGAAGGUUAUGGCCUAAGAGAAAACCCCAAGAAAUCGUGGAAAUCGUCAGGCUUGAAACAUACUGAUGGUGUCUCUGUUCAAGAAAGUUUGGAAUGCAGAGUGUGUGGCAAACAAUUUGAGUUCCCAAGAUCUCUCCAUGGUCACAUGAGGCAUCACUCGGCGGAAGAAAGGAAAGGAAUUCGCUGCAAAGAAUGUGGAAAGGGGUUCCGGACUCUGAGAUCUCUCACUGGUCACAUGAGGCUGCACUCUGAGAAGUGUAAAGUCCCAACAGAAUCAAUUACUGGUUCAAGGCCUAACUUGGUUGUAAUGACUUUAUCAGAUACUGAGCCUGCGAGUCUUGUGCGAAGGAAGAGAUCAAAUAGAAAAAGGUACAAGGUUACUCCUAAUUCUUCUUUUUCUAGCUUGAAUGAAUCUGUAUCUGGUUUUGAAGUUGAGGAAGAAGUGGAAGAGGUGGCUUUGUGUUUGAUGAUGCUAUCUAGGGGUGUAUGCAAAUGGGGGGAAUUCAAGUCAAUCGGUGAGCCUUUGGACAAUGGUUCUGUGCCGUUUGAGGCUAAAUCUUUGUACCACAAUAACCGAAUUGGCUGGAGAAGUGAGGAUGGAGACUAUGUUUUGGAGGAUAAUGAACUUUUCAAGAAGAAAAGGCCAAGAGAGCAGAAGUUAGAUCCUUGUGCUUCAGAUUCUAAGAAUCAGACCUCUGAAUGUAGUGAUUGUGAUUCUGAUAUCGUGUGUAACGUUGAAAAGAAGAUAGCCUUGGAAGUUCCCAUUGAGAAUUUUUAUCAGGUAGCUGAAUCCAUGGGGCCUAAACUGGAGGAUGAAUCUCGGUUGCUUUUGUGUGAUGCUGAAAUAAAGAAGGGAAUUCAUGAUGCAACGGAUAGCAGCGCCACUGAAUCAGAGUCAAGCCAGGAGUUCACAGCAGAAAUUGGAUUGGAUCUUGCUGGUUUGGAAUACGUAAAAUGCACUCCAAGCAAGAGAACCACUUUUAAAGCUUGUGAUGCUAAAGUGGGGAAGGAGUUUUGCACUGAGAUGAUAUGUUCAACUUCAGAUUUUGAUCUUGCAGAUGAUUCUAAGAAAAAGAGCCAAUUCCAGUGCAGGAUCUGCAACAAGAUGUUUCCUACUUAUCAGGCACUUGGUGGUCACCAAACAUUUCAUAGAGCAACAAAAAGCUCUGUUGCUUCAAAGAUUGAGCAGCACCAAGAGGAUAUUGAGACUAACCUUUUGCCGGACAAAACUGACCUUUCAAGCAAGCUUGCCAAGGCUGAAUGCGUUAAGGAUUCAGGGGAGGAGGAGGAGGAAAAUGGAGUUACUAUGACAAAUUAUCAGUCAAAGAAGAGCAAGGAGCAUAAAUGCCAUAUCUGCUCUAAAAAUUUUGUGUCGGGCCAAGCUUUGGGAGGUCACAAGAGGGCUCAUCAUGCUAAAGCAAGAGAAGAGCUGAAUUUGGCAAUGCAACAAGAGGAUCGUGAGAUGUCUGAUGCACCUGAGAUUAAUGCCCCUGACAUGCUUGAUACAGAAGCCAAUCCAGAAUAUGGUUUAGAGUCAUGGUGGGCUGGAGUUCGCAACUACAAAAACGAGUCACUAGUGGAUCUUAUAGCUAACUGACGCUAAUAAUGCAGUAUCUGGCUUCUGAAUACUGAAGAGUUCCAGUCAAGUCGAGAAUAUGGUGGAUUUCAUUACUGGUACGAGGAUAAUCCACACGGAUGUAGAGCUUGUCUUUGCUGCUCAUAGCUUAGAACUGACUGCUGCCAUUAUCUGGUUUAUUCUCUUACACUCAACAUCCUUUUGUCUCUGAUCUGAAAAAACUUCAUUGUCUUUGAAAUUUUGAUACUGAAACAGGAUUUUUUUUUGUGUGUGUGUUCCUUGUGCAUUUUAGCUUUCUUAUAGCUAUUGUCAAAAGGAAAAGAUUAAACAGAAAGAUCAAUGUUGAUUCUGCAUUGAGUUCCCAGUUUUGGCUUCUCAUUCUUCUGUACCAAGUGUUUGAACAAAAUGCAAUUAAAAAUACUUCCUUUUUC